AUGUUGAGAAAAAGAGUUGCACGGCAGGUGAGCUGCUCGUCUGAUGAACAGAUGAUGAUGAGUUUCAAAUGGUGUUGCCGUCCGGUUUUGAUCGUCACCAACAUUUUCGGAAUUCCUUUGAAAAUGAAGGAAGACGAGCCGAGCUACUCCGCCUGGAUGGUCUACAUCCUUGGAUGGAUUCUGUACUGCACGAACGUAGCAAUCGGUUUGAUCAUUAUUAUUAUCUGCCAAGACGCUGGAAAAGUUUCGUCACUUUCACCGGACUCGGAAGAAUUUAACAACAGCACAAUUGCGUCGCGAUGGAACGAAGGAAUAAGUACCUACAACACGAUCUCUUCCAUGAUAGCGACCCACACCGUUCUCCUGGCCGUCACCGCAGUUCGCUGGGAAGAUCUCGUCCGUGUUCUCGAUCGCAUGGAGCGAAUGAAUCAAUUCAAUCUGAAGGAAUUUUCCGUCUUUCGUGCCAUUUUUCAUGUUGGUCUUGUCUUCGCGGUCAUUGGAUGUCUGGCUGUUGGUCUCCUGUCGAUUUCCACGUACUUCACCAUCGGUUUGCAGUUGUGGCAGAUGCUUAUCUUUGCUGUCCAGCGGUGGCUAAUCCUCUACAUUUUGUUGGCCGUUUUGUUAUUCACCUGUUUCGGAUGGAUGGCUGCGACAAUGCUGCAAAUGGUCGGAAAAGAAAUUGAAUUAAUUCAAGAAAACGGACAGCUUCAUGAGAAUUGCGACGGACCUGUUGAUGUUUUGAUAUCCAAAUGUAGUCGCCAUUACUUUGUGACUAUUGAUUUCGUUCAUCAGUUCAAUCGCUGUUUUGGCUGCCUGUUACUUGUCCUUAUAGCUCCGGCUUUCAUCCGAAUAAUUAACGCUUCGUUCCAGCUGAUGAUCAACUUGAAAGACGGGCAUUGGACAAUGGACAUGAUUGUGCAGUUAAUGAUUCUACUCGUCCAUUGUGUUCUUUUCACGUUAGUAGCCAACAUCCCCCACAAAAUUCGACAAGAGACUUUUAAUUUGACGAAGAAGUUGCGCAAACUCUAUUUUGAGGAUUUUUCUCUCCAGAAUCAGGUUAAUGUUUUGAUAAUGGAAAUAUCGAAUUCCGUACCGAAAAUCACCGCUGCCGGUUUCUUUGACGUCGAUCUUCAACUAAUUCCAACGCUUGUAGGCACAACGUUAACGUAUCUUAUUAUUCUUUUCCAAUUUCAAACAUCCGAGAAAAAUUAAUGCUGCUCCCAUUGAUGAAAAGAAAAUGGAAUGUUAUAUGCG